CUAGAUGUUCUUCUCUCAGGUCGAAUAGAAAGUAGAUGUUAAACACCUGCUUUGGAGUGCAUCAGCAUUUUUUUUUUUAUUGUGUAAACUUUCGUAAAAGAGAAAUUCACUCUUUACUUAGUCAGCGAAAACUGGGAUCACUCGUGACCAAGCACCAGUACGAGGUCAUGGUUUUCUCAGCGCUAUGUUGCCGCUGUUGCCGGUCGUUGUUGGAUGUCGCGGUUUUACUCCUUGUGCUUGUCCUGCUGCCCGGGAUCCCUCCUCAUGUCACCUACAAGUCGUAUGAAAUGGACGACCCAAGACCUUUAGAAGGACCUUUAGAGCCCAACGACAUCCUAGAUGCGGGUGAGAGGAUCCUCGACGGCAAGAUUGUUGGGCCUGAGUCCGUCGCCUCCAAGAGUGACGAUGAGAUCUUUGUGAGCUUGCACGGUGGGAAGAUCCUGCGAAUUUGGGGCAAGAGGUUUGAUCACUUCAAGAUUAUCACCUCCAUUGGCCCUGGCUGUGAUGGGCCGUGGCAGGAGAAAAUCUGUGGACGACCUCUGGGUUUGCGUUUUGCUCCUGAUGGCCGGCUGCUGGUGGCUGACGCAUACCUUGGACUCUUCUCAGUCGAUGUGGAAACAGGUGAAAAAGAACGAUUAUUUGAUCCAUCGGAAGAAAUUGACGGUGUUGCUCCAAAGUUGCCGGACGACCUGGACAUUGAUUCCGAGGGCAACAUCUACUGGUCUGAUGCCUCUACCAAUGCUGACCUUUCUGAUGGCAUAAUAGAGAUGCUGAGUGAUCCAAGUGGCAGGCUUAUCAAAUUCGACCCAAAGACAAAGAAGAACACAGUGCUGAUGAAGAACCUCCACUUUGCCAAUGGGGUCCAGCUGUCACCAGAUCACGACUUCGUUUUGGUGUGCGAAACCUUCCAAAAACGUGUCUGGAGGUACUGGUUGCAAGGUCCCAAAGCUGGAAUAUCAGAAAUCUUUGUAGACCGACUGCCCGGCAUGCCCGACAACCUCCGAAACAGGAACGAGGGCGGAUAUUACGUGUCUCUCGUGGCGGUGAAGUCCCCCGAGGCCUUCGAUGAGCUCAAGUUCCUAACCAAGCUGCCAUGGCUGAGGAAGCUUCUUCUGCGCUUAGUGAAUUUUGCCAAGAUGUUGUUUGACACCGUGUCUAAGAUCUAUCCCAAUAAGUUUACAGAAGAUGUUUCAUUCAGGAUAUUCAACCUGGAGCCAAUCGCUCAGCACUUGGCUUCCAACAAGACAAUCGUAGUGGAACUUGAUGCGGAAGGAAACAUCGAUGGCUCGCUGCAGGGGAACAGCGGCCGUAUCCGCUUCAUCUCUCAGACAAACAAAAUUGGGGACAAUAUCUUCUUUAGUUCGCCCUACAACAAGUAUCUUGGGCGGCUGUACGUCGGGGUGCCGUCCCUGGAGGUGGAGGGGAAGGGCGUCAGGAUGGUGGAAGAGGAGGGUGAGGAUGAGGAGGAGCAGGGGGAGAAGGUAGAGGAGGCGGAAGAGAAAGAAGGAGAGUCGAAGGGGGAGGAACAGAAGAAGGAAGAGGAAGAAGAAGAGGAAAAGAGCAUCGAGCCAGCGGAAGAGACGAAAUCAGAAUCCAGGGAAGAGGCAGCAGCAGAGAGUGCACCAGAGAAGGAACCUUUGCCUGUCGAAGAGGAGCAACUGACGCCCAAGGAAGCCGAGGCGAGUUCAGCGAAGGAGGACGAGAAAGCGAAGGAGGAAGGAGUUACAGCAGAGCCCUCGGUUCAAGUUCUGGAGAAAGAGAAAGAAAAAGCCCAACAGGAGUCUGUGAAGAAGGAUGAACUUUAGUGAUUUUUUUGUUUUGUUUUGUUUUUGUUUUUUGUUUGUUUCUCUUCUCCUUUCUGAAGAAGAUAUAGCUCAAAACUGGACAGUCCAAUGCAUGUUUUACAGUGUUCAUUAGAAUUGGGUUAUCAUGGUAACUCUUGAUAUAUAGAAAGAAUGUAUUUAUGUGCAUAUGUAUAUAUAUAUAUAUAUAUAUAUAUAUAUAUAUAUAUAUAUAUAUAUAUAUAUAUAUAUAUAUAUAUAUAUAUAUAUGUACACAUAUACAUAUACAUAUAUAUAUACACAUAUACAUAUCAGAGGUCUAAGCAUGAGAUGAAUAAUGGGUCAUUAAAAUUCUCCAAACUGUAUCAUUAUACAUUCCUUCCCAAAGCAUGUAUGGAAGUGUUUCCUCACAAAUUAUGACCCAAAGUACAUUUUUCUUUAGUUUUAAUUCCUUUUAAAGCUUUUCCACAGUAUUAAAUGAGCUCAUAAUCAUAGUAUAUUUCAUACAAGAUCAAACGGGUUAUAUUUCUCGCAUGUGUUAGCUCACAAACACCCAAUGUCAUAUCCUAAUAUUUAAUGUAGCCAACUGACCAUUCAGUAAAACCAGUGAGGGGUUACUGCUCUCCGCAUUUGUACAUCACAGCUGUGACUUUUAGUUUAGAUGAUCAAAUAUUAUUAGUUUCUGGGAAGAACAGCUUCAGUUGAUCAGCAAAGGCAGAAUCACUUAUUGGAGAAAGAGUAGGAAUGUUAUGAUGUUAAAGUAAGUUGCUAGAUGUUUUUAAGCAAUGAACAUAGAUACAAGCACUGUAAUGUGGACACGGAAGUGAAAAGGAGACAGCCACAAAAAGAAUUGAGAUUGAAUUGUAAUGUUUAGAACUUGUCAAGAAUUCCUCAUCCAUUUUGGUUAUUUGUUUGUGAGACGAGGAACUCUUUUGUCGAGUUUGGUACAUUACAAAUAGGUUUUCAUAUUGUAGCUGUCAUUUUUUUUUAUCUUAGGUAACAUUUGGUCUACUUUUCAUUGUCUGGGAUAAUGAGGAUUUGUUAAGUACAUAAACGAAAUUGAGUUCUACUUUUCUUUUAUAUAGAAAUGUAUGGUUGUGCUUUUGACACAGUGCAGUAAAUUAGUUGUAAUAAUUUCUUCACUGUUCUCUCAUAUUGUGCUAGAAUGAAGCACCUUUUCUAGAAAUUAUAUAUUAGUAACAAUUAGUGACAUUUUUCUACUUUUUACACUUCUUGUUUUCUUGUAAAAUGUUGAUAUUACUGUUACUGUUUUUGAUAGUAAAUUGGUGAUAAAAAAUGGUACUUGGAAGUUAGGGUUUAUGAUGUUACAUUAAAAUGCAAUUAAUUAAUUUCUAGUUGCAACCUAUGCAGUGGGAUUCUUUAAAAAAAAUGUCUCAAUUAGAAAAAAAAUAAAUAGAUGAAAAAAGAAAAAAAA